AUGUCUGGCUGGCUCAUAUGGAUCCGCGCCAUUCUGCAAGCCAGCCACUGCGCGCUGGAGAAUACACUGCUCACAGAGCCACGAGGGUCUGCGACUGUGGGUUCUGUUCGGCUGUCCCAUCCCUCUGUUGAGCGCCAAGUAGCCUGUUUCAGAUCACCCCCGUCAAUCCCCGCAGCCUUCGCAAACAUCUCCCUCAAGAGUCGUCCUGGUACCCAAGCAUGGCCAGUUCUGGUUGAAAAAGAUUUCAAGUUCCGGGGCGAUGAGUUCCUGGAGCGUCCGACCCCACUUGGUCUUCUACUGUUGCAGGGUUGGCUCAUCAUCACCCAUAUAUGCGACAAGAUGGCAUAUUUCGGUAUAUCGGGACCGGAGAACUCCUUGGUGUUCAAGGUUUCCGUGUUGAUGAGGCACAUGGUGGCGCUUGUGUUUGCUUUGCUCCAACUUUUAAAGUAUCUCUUCGGUCGUAGGCCAACGAUGAUGGCGAUAAAGAUUGAUUGA